UCAUGUUAUUCCUACAUUACUACAAUUACAAAUCCUAAUUCGUCCCUGUUGCAUUCGAUAUUUCCGUUUUCAAAUUUCUAUCAACCUAUCAAUUAUCAUAGAUCAUAAUUCAUAGACCAUUGUGUCAUAGUGAAUAAGUGUAAGCCAUAAGGCAAUUUAAACAAUUAUUUUAUUGGUUGCAAUUAUCAAGUGAAAAAUUACGCCGACUUGUUUAUUUGUAUAUUUUAUCGUGGACUUUAGUGUUAACUUAAUCUGAAAGUUACAAAAUGUCGCACACUAUAUUGUUGAUCCAACCCGGUAACAAACCGGAAACAAGAACAUAUUCCGAUUACGAGUCUGUUAACGAUUGCAUGGAAGGGGUUUGUAAGAUCUACGAAGAACAUCUGAAGAAAUUAAAUCCAAAGUCUGUGUCUAUUACAUAUGACAUAACUCAGCUGUUUGAAUUUGUUGACCAUUUAGCAGAUCUUUCAUGUCUUGUGUAUCAAAAGAGUACCAUGACAUAUGCUCCAUAUAACAAAGACUGGAUAAAGGAAAAGAUAUAUGUCCUACUCAGAUGUCAAGCCAAUCAACGUCAAUAAACAGUAUGAAUUUAAUGGAAUGUUUUAUUGAAAUAUUAUGAGGCUGUUUUUUCCUUGUUGACCAUUUAGUAGGUAUAAUUGUAUAAAUACACCCAACUAUAAAGUAAUAAUGUAGGUUGACCAUAAGCAGUAUACAAGUUAUUCAUAGCGAUUUAACAAAUAUUCAUGAUCCUCAGAACUUCCUUUACUUAAUAAAAAUAAUAUUUAAAUAUGUAA